AUGGCCCAAUAUGUUAGUAAUGGGAUAAGAGAAUGGAAGGCACUAAUAAAUGCUCUCAAUACCAAUACGCAUGCUAAUAUAGAAGAAUAUAAAUUGAUGGCAAUAGGCCACAGUAAAAAUGGAGAAGACAGAAGAGGAGUCACAGAAACUUCAACCAAUAAUAAAGCUGCUGAAAUUACAAUUGAUGAAAUUCGAUGGAUCAAAAAGGAGUUGAUAUCGCAUAUCCUCGAAGGAGAAGCGAAGGAAUUGGUAGAAGGAUUCUCUAUGGAUGGUGAAUCUUACAGGAAUGUUUGGAAAAUUCUGGAAAGCAGAUAUGGAGAUAAAUCCAUUAUUAUUAAAGAAUUAUAUAAAGAAUUAAGAGAAUUAAACCCAAAAACAAAGGAUAUAAAGGAUAUUCGCAAGGAUUUGAAGCGAAUAUUUCGCCAGUUGACAUCCCCAGCAAGCGAGAGUUAUAGUAGAGUAAAGUGUAUGAAUUGCUCCAAGGACCAAAAUACCGUAUUAUGUCAGGAAAAGAGAGAAGAGCGGCAACAGAAAAUCCAACAAGAUCAAGAACAAAUGAUAGUGACCACUGCCAAUUUUUUAAGAGAAAAUUCAAUAGUGAACGAAGUAUUUUUCCCUUGCAUGGAGAUAUUCGUUAUAAAUCCACUGAAACCAAACAAGAAAAUUCGAGCUUUAAUUCUAUUGGACACGGGAAGCCAACAAUCAUAUAUUUCAGAAACAUUACGAGAAAAGUUGCAGCUUGUAGCAAGAGAACAACAAACAAUUCCUGUAUCAAGCUUCGCAUCAAAAAUUCCCCAGAAGUACCAUACCUCGAUAGAAGUAGGAAUAAUACUUCAUGAUGGCUCUAUAUUCAAGAUAAUGGCAAGUACGAUGACACAAUUGACAUUGCAAAUAAAAUACAUGCAGUUGGAAGGAUAUCAAUCUUCAAGAACGGAAGUUCUGGGCUCUAGGACAGACCCAACUGACUUGAUGGAUGAUGAAGAAUCAUAUGAACAAUUUGAAAAAUCAAUCAAAAGAAAUGAGGAAGGAAGAUAUGCCAUAUCAUGGCCUUGGAAAAGUACUGAUCCUAAAAUUGAGUCAAAUUUUGGUCUUGCUUUUGAAACACCGUGCUUUAAAUAUUAUAUUCCACAUCUUCCGGUUAUCUCUCCUGAUAAACAGAGUACAAAAUUAAGAAUAGUAUUUGAUGCAUCAGCGGUUAUUAGGAAAGGUUAUUCGUUAAAAAAUCAAUUGUAUAAAGGCCCUACUCCUAUUCCACAUCUGGCUGGAAUUAUUUUAAGGCUGCGAUUGGGAAAAUUUAUUCUAAUGGCGGACAUAGAGAAGGCCUUCCUUUAA